GUAACCUGUUCUGCAUAGGGGAGUGACAAGGAGGAGACAACUAACGACUGUCAUAAUCAAGAGAGAGAGCGAGCGACCUGCACGCAGUUUUGAUCGGUGACGUGUAUAGGCGUGUUCGACAACAGCAUACGAGUUUCAGCAUUAUCAAAAGAAACGCAGAUUCUCCUCGGAACAGUGCAGCAGUGACUGGAUAAAGUGAAGAGUUGAGACCUAGGUGGACCAGAGGAUCCCAGUAUGCCCUCUCACAACAAACGCACCUCUCCUUCCUACCAUCCCGGCAGCAGACGCCAUGAACACAGGCACAAGCAUAGCGAGCAUGUCUCCAACCCAGCCUACUCUUUCUACCCAGAGGAGGAGCUCCUCCACUUCUACCGCUGGACCUCUCCUCCGGGGGUGAUGAAGAUCAUCUCCAUCAUCAUCAUCAAUGUAGCGAUCUUCGCCUGCGUGGCGUCUACGCUCGCCUGGGACUACGACAUGAGCAUGAUGGGAAUGAGCGGGGGCAUCGGAGGCGGGAUGGGCAUCGGCGGCGGAGGAUACGGUGGGAGCUACAACGGUGGCAGAUCAUACAGCUGUGUUCCCAGUCCGGAGAAUCAGCGGGAACCAGAGACCCCCUGGCAGGGCUUCAUCAUUGCCAUAGCAGCCAUCACCUUCAUCGCCGUGCUCAUCAUCUUCAUCCUAGUGGUGUCGCGGCGGAACGCGUCCCGCUCGCCAAAGUUCUACCUGGGGGCCAUCAUCGUGUCGGCCAUCUUGGCGAUACUAAUGAUCAUCGCUACUAUAGUCUACCUGGUGGCAGUGAACCCCACAGCCCAGUCCUCAGGGUCCGUCUACUACAACCAGAUCAUACAGCUGUGUUCCCAGUACCAGAAUCAGAACCAAGCCCAGGGCAUCUUCAUCAACCAGUACCUCUACCAUUACUGCGUGGUGGAACCUCAGGAGGUCAUAGCCAUCAUCCUGGGAAUCUUGGUAUUCGUGGGUCUGAUCAUCCUGCUGGUGUUUGCUGUGAAGACGCGUCAGAAGAUCAGACGUUGGGGCCCAGACAGAAUCCUCUGGGAGGAGACCAAGGUUAUCAGCAACAGCCUGCGCACACACACCAUCGGAGAGUGGGUGAAUAACGUGUCUGGUCAGCCGGACACUCUGGUGAAUGAAUACAAUGACAAGGUGGGGGGCUCCAGGAACUUCCUGGACCAGCUGCCAGACCACAGACCUCUGUAUCUGCCUGGGAGCUCAGACAUAACAAGUUCGUUGGGAGGACUGAAGAGCAAGCUGAGGGACUACGACACUGGUGCAGAAUCAGGAGGAGAGGAUCUGGACGAGAUCGACUUUAACUCCGAGUUCUCUGCCAUCAUGAAUGAGCAGGAGCGUCUGGACUACAAGAGGGAGUUUGACCGGGACCAUCUUGAGUACAAAGAGCUGCAGGCUGAGCUGGAUGACCUCAACAUGGGCCUGGCUGACCUGGACAAGGAACUGGACAGACAACCAGAGGGCAGCCCACAGUUCCUGGAUGCUAUGGAUAAGUACACCCGGAUGAAGAAUAUGAAGAAGUCCUCAGACUAUCAGCUGAAGAAGAAGAGGUGCAAGCAUCUGAAGGCCAAGCUGUCUCACAUCAAGAGGAAGGUCAGCGAGUAUGACCGCAGACCCUGAACCCUGACCACCAACCCCAGUCCAGAGCAGACUCCACCCUUGUCUGUCCAGGAAACUGGCCUCAAAAGAAGGAAGACCAUAAUGGGAGAGGGACCCAGAGAAGGCUUUUUUUCAAUGUGAAGGCAUAUUAACUUUUUUAAGAGGGAGAAUUCUCUGAAUGUUGUUUUAUUUUCUUAUUGAAGUUAGAUUGAUGUUGAGUCCCCCCCAGCCCCAGGAUUGUACCCACAGCCGCGGGAAGUAGGGAUGCUGCCGCACCCCCUGAAAAAUCCUGAUGAUGUGGCUCAGUUGAUAGAGCAUGGUGCUUGCUAUGCUAGGGUUCGAUUCCCACAGAGGACCAGUACAAAAAUCUGUGCACUCACUACUGUAAGUUGCUCUGGAUAAGAGUGUUUAUUAACAUGGAAAAGGAAUGAAUAGACCAUUUCAAUUUUCACAUACAAAUAAGUUGCAAAGUAUUUCAAGAAAAUGGAAAACAUAUCAAUAAAGUUUUAAAAAAAAUAUUC